AUGUAUGAAGAGGGAGAAGCAGUAGGAAGCGCCUCAGCCUCCGUGGAGUCUCUACCUGAGGGCUCAAACUCCCCUCAAGAGUCCCUCUCCAUGGAUGCCAUUCCCAAGCAACCUGCCUCCUCGAAUGAAAGUAUACUCGGAGACAGUAUACCAGACACAAAGUCAAAUAAGUCAAUAGAGGAUAACAACAUGACUGGUAUGGGGUUAAAUAUGGAAAGGGAACAAGGGGAUCCAAAUGACGCCGAAGAGAAUGAAAACUCUCUGUUUCUGACUAAUCCGUUUGGAAAAGGAAUGGAAAAAAUAGAGAGAUGUCUCCGUGUGUUUCUCCUUAUUGGUAUAUUACCGCUUCCAAUACUGGGAUGGAUAAUUGGCACAAUAUAUUCGUUCAUAGCUGCACCAACCAAACGCAUUCAGAAGAAGCUUCAAAUGCUUCUGGUCUUGCUGUCAGCCCUUGGGAUACUCAUGACCGUCAUUGCCCUGACGAUACUCUUUGCGGAAUUAAAAUCCAACGAGACUAAACUCAGUAAAAGCAGUGGUGCGAGACCAUUGAAUCUUGAUGCCUAUGUUCCGCCCGAACAGUUACCACCACCAGAAACCAAAAAGGCUAUACACAAUGAGUACCUCAUUGAAUAUGCCGAGCUCUCUCCAAGCUUCAAAGUCAAUACAUAUUCAAUGAACGUACAAGAUUUAAGGGAUAAAAAGAGAAAAUCUGUGCAAAUGCUAAAGGACAUGACAAAAACAUUCCUUCUGGAUCAAAAAGAAAACGUCUCUAUAGCAGUUGAACUUGAGAUUGAGGAGUAUCUAGCGUUUAAAGAGUUCGUAAACGAGCACAAGGGGUUUAAACAUAUAUUUGUCAUAAAUCCAGAAGUUGCAUGCGAAAAGGGAGAAGAUAAAGAUAUUAAUGAAACUAAAAUCACAAACUUUGUCGGAUUUACACAAGUAGAUUUAAAUUGUGGAGGCAAAAAUGUAAAGAUGCCAAUACAAGUCACUCAAGAUGGGAUGAACCGCUAUGAAAAAAGGGGUCCCGAAUUGACUGAUCUAGUAAAAUAUUUCUUCAAUGUUUCAGUACCAAAAGAAAAGAGAUGUUAUAGGGAAAAGGGUACGAGGGAAUUGACAAAGGAAUACCUAGACUUUGUUGAGGAUCCAUUUAGAAAGUUUUUAGCAUACACUGAUGUAAAUGUAAUGGACCAGAGUCCACUAAAUAAACUAGAAAUGUGCAAUAAAGCAUUGUAA